UGGACAGAACGACAAUUAGCUCCGAUUUAGUACUGAAGUCUGAAGGUGACCGUCCCAUUUCCGGAAGAAGUAGCUGCGCCUGCAAUAGAGUGAUGAAGAAUGAAGAUAAAGAUGCCUUGAAUUUUGUUUCUCAAGUUGAUUCCCAGCCGCUUUAGAAGGGAAUUUCUUUAUAGUUUUUUCUGUUAAUCUCGAUUCCAGAAGUUGAUAUCUGAAUUUGCAGAUUCGUUCUUGAAUCAGCUUGGUCGCUCUCAUGGCGAUCGCUUCCAUUUCUAUGCUCCGCCACCACACCGCCGCCGCCACUGCGUCAAUCCCCGCCUUCGGCAAUGUACUCCGGCGAUUCUUUAACGUCCGAUGCUUUUCAGUUGUUGCCAAACAGCAUAACCCUAACAAUGUCUCCAAUAAGCCUCCGCCCAGCAAGAAUCUCCUCCGAGCAAAGCACACGUUCAAGGAUUAUUCAUCCCUUGCACCGGCUCUCUCUCCUCAAGACAAUCCUCCUCUCUCCGAAUCCCAAGCCAUCGGCACUGUCGCUGCUGCCCAAGCCAAUUUCAUGCGCGUAAUUGUUCAGUCGCUUCCCUCUCAACUUUCUGACAGUUCGAACCAGGAUUCGGAGCCUUCUGGAAGCUUAGAAGGCGAUUCUUCGGAAUCCUCUAGGCUUGGAGUCGAGCUGCUAUGCGUGGUGAAGGCGGUGCUCAAGAAGAUAAAGAGGAGAGUUCUAGUCGGAGACAAGGUGGUUGUUGGUUCCAUUGAUUGGGUGGACCGCCGGGGAAUGAUCGAGAAUGUCUUCCAAAGGAGCUCGGAGAUUCUUGAUCCUCCGGUGGCCAAUGUGGACCAUUUGCUUGUGCUCUUCUCCAUGGAUCAGCCGAAGUUAGAGUCGUUUACACUCACGAGGUUUCUGAUUGAGGCGGAAUCUACCGGAAUUCCACUGACGCUGGGUCUCAAUAAGUUAGAACUCGUCGAUGAAGAGACACUAGUUUCCUGGAAGUCAAGACUGCGAAGCUGGGGCUAUGAACCACUUUUCUGCAGUGUCCAAACCAAGACAGGACUCGAUUCCCUUGCAUAUAUUUUGAGAGAUCAAACUACAGUUAUCGUGGGUCCAAGUGGAGUUGGGAAAUCAAGUCUCAUCAAUGCUCUGAGAAACAAUGACCGUGGCGUCGAUGCUGUAGAGGGAGAUAAUUGGUUUGAUCCUCAGAUUCUAGGUAGCAAGUGGUUUGAGGAUCAGCGUGUUGCAGAAGUCUCAACAAGAAGUGGUAGAGGGAAGCAUACGACUCGUCAUGUUUCUCUCCUGCCGCUGUCGGGAGGGGGCUAUCUGGCAGAUACUCCUGGUUUUAACCAACCCAGUUUGAUGAAAAUAACCAAGCAGUCUCUUGCCCAAGCCUUCCCUGAGAUCCAGAAAAUGCUUCUUGCCAACGAACCUGCUAGAUGCUCUUUUAAUGAUUGUUUACAUCUUGGAGAACCGGGCUGUGUUAUUAAAGGAGAUUGGGAGAGAUACCAAUACUAUUUCCAACUUCUUGAUGAAAUCAGAAUCAGGGAAGAAUUUCAGUUGAGAACAUUUGGAACCAAAAGAGAGGGGGAUGUGAGAAUUAAGGUUGGAGAUAUGGGUGCUCAGCAAGCAGAGCCAAGGUUGGAGCUGAAGAAGCACAGGAGACAAUCUCGUAAGCGAGUGAACCAGUCAAUACUUAACGAGUUGGAUGAGUUGGAAGAUGAAGACGAAGACGAUUCAUUGGACAAGGAGGACCCCAUUUUAAAGGCAAUGAGGAAUGAACAGCAAUAGCGAACAAAGCCAUCUCCAGCAUAUAAUCCCAUUUGUAUAUACUUUCUUUUUACCCCUUUUUUACUCGCAUGUUGAACAGUUUUCACCAGUACAGAGCCUAAGCAAAUGAAAUCUUUCGAGUAAACUUUCUAAGAAAAUGAAAAGGGGUUCCUUGUGGAUUGAUCACAGAUAAACCAUAGCAAUUUGAGUCCCUUUUUGGUUUUGUAGGCUAGAUUUUUCACAUGAUUUGCAGCCGAAUUCAACCGAAACUUCAACUUUUUGGUCAAUGAUAUAUGUCUGAAUCAAUUAAUUAGGUUCAAGUUUGA